GCUCCUUUCAACCAAGAAAACAGAACAAAAGCCCUUACUGGUAUUGAAAUAUAGCCAGUGAUCACUAUGGAAUCACCGAGAUCAUCCCUUCUCCAGUUCCUGCUACUAGUACUAGCUACUUGUGCAAUCGUUGAGAUUGCACUAGCCGGUGAUCCAGAUAUCCUCACUGACUUCAUAGUACCAUCAAACCUGACCUCAGGGAGUGGAAACACGACGAUUGAUGGGAACUUCUUCACUUUCACUGGCUUCAGGGUACUUGUUGGCGGACAAGUACCCCCAACUUUCAAGGUUUUUAAGGCUGGCAUGCUAGAAUUCCCCGCCCUCAACGGUCAAAGUGUUUCGUAUGCUGCACUUCAGUUCCCACCAGGGACUACAAACCCUCCUCACACCCAUCCACGUGCAUCUGAACUUAUUUUCGUUCUUGAUGGAACUUUGGAAGUUGGCUUUAUUGAUACGACUAACAAACUUUACACUCAAACCCUGCAAACUGGUGACUUGUUUGUGUUUCCUAAAGGACUUGUUCAUUUUCAGUUCAAUGCUGAUGCAAAGAAGCCUGUUUUGGCAAUCUCUGCAUUUGGAAGUUGUAAUGCAGGAACUGUUUCAAUUCCAAGCACGGUCUUCGCCACUGGAAUUGACGACAACAUCUUGGCUCUGUCGUUCAAAACAGAUGUGGCAACUAUUCAGAAAAUCAAGGCUGGUCUUGUUCCCAAGCCUUAAUAAAGGAGAACUCACUUAUAGUUUAUUUGAUUGGACAAUGAUUUUUUCAUUAUGUACUUAAAUGCCGUCUGGGCAUAUAUGUGCUAUACUUGUUUAUUUUUCAUUUUUAAAUAACAAGUCUUCCAGGCAAGAAUUUUCACUA